AUGAGUAACAAAACCCAACAAGUAUUGGUAGAGAAUGAGGAGGAUGUGGUGGUGGAGAAUGAGGAGGAUGGGGUGGUGGAAAUGGACUUUUUUGUCAAAAAAUCCAAUGUGCGGGAGAAGAUUGAGGAGGAAAAUGUGGAGAAGAUCGAUGAUCUAGUGCUGGAAAAGAAGAAGGAUUUGGUGAAGGAGGAUGUAGUGGUGGAGAAGAAGGAGAAUGUGAUGGUGGAGAAGGUGGAAGAUGUGGUGGUGGAGGAUCUAGUGAAUGUGAAUGUAUUGGUGGAGAAGGAGAAAGAAGUAGAGAAUAAGAAGAAGAAUGAGAAGAAGAAGAUUGAUGAGGAAGACAAGAAAAAGAAGAUUGAGGAAGACAAUGAAGAGGAUAUGGUGUUGAAGGAGGAUGUGGUAGUGGAGAAGGUGGAGGAUCUGAUGAAGGAGGAUGUGGAGAAUAAGAUUAAGAAGGACAAGAAGAAGGUGAAGGUGGAGAAUAAGAAGAAUAACGACAAGAAGAAGGUGAAGGUAGAGGAGAAGGAUGAUGAGAAGGCUGACGAGGAAGAUGUGGAGAAGAUUGAUGAUCUGGUGGUGGAGAAGAAGAAAUAUUUGGUAAAGGUGAAUGUAGAGAAUAAGAUGAAGAAUGACAAGAACAAUGAGAAUUAUGAAGAGGAGGAUGUCGAGAAGAUUUAUGAUCUAGUGGUGGAUAAGAAGAAGGAUUUGGUGAAGGAGGAUGUGGAUAAUAAGAAGAAGACCGACAAGAAGAAGGUGAAGGAGAAUAAGAAGGUGAAGGUGGAGAAGAACAAGGUGGAUGUGGAUGGGGAGGACAAGAAGAAGGUGGAGGACAUGAAGAAGGUGGAGGAGAAUGUGAUGGAAGUGAAGAAGAGUGCAACCCAAUAUAAGAGAGAGAGGUGGAGUCGUAACUACUUACUCCCUUCACCAACCCUUCUAGAAAAAAAUGAGGGUCAAUGA